AUGUCUUUCUCUAGGCUCUGGUUCCCCGACUCUCCGUCUCACGACAUUCAGAUGCCGUCGCCCGACAUGGUCUCCGUCAGGGCUUCAGUGAGAUUGGAUGAAUCUGGCGGCGACAUCGAGGGCUCAGUGGUAGUGCCAUGCUCAACGUGCCGUACCGCGACGGUGCCCGAUACUUAUGAAGGGUAUGAUAAAGAGCAUAACCAUUUGGGCGCCCAGCCAGACCUGCUAUCGAGCAGCGUUGCAGGCCAACCCUCCACCAGCUUCGAGAUGUCGGGCGCCGCAUGGCCUGUCUUCAGUGAUCAUGGUAUAAAACCGACCUCAUAUAUGGAACAGUCGUAUCACGAUCGCGAAGACUGCAACACGCAGAACAUCGGUACGGGUGCGAUCUCCUCACCGUAUCGACUCGCCGGACCUCCGAGUGGCCAAUGUUCAACUCGAGCCCAACAACAAAAUGUCAACGCCGGCGCCACCUCCCAACAUUCCUCCUCGUGGGUGCUCGAGUCUUACCCGUAUGACUAUCGCCGUCCGUCCUCAACUGGAAGCAAUGAUCAUCGCCUCGAAAACAGUGCGUGGUUGAUGGGACAAAACGAGCAGGCGUAUCCGGUCGGAAAUGGAACGCUCAAUUGUGAACCGUUCGAGUCCACCGAGCCCUUCGACAUGCUGUUGUCGAAUCAAUACCCGAGCUCCGCCAGACUACCGACACCCGACAUAUUUGAGUUACUGGCGGAAAACUCACCAGGUCAUUCGCCGACAUGCCCCUCGAGCACUAUGGGCUUUUCCGCCACCGAAAUGUCCCACCCUUUCAACUCCGCCUCUCGCCAAAAAUUUCCUGACCUUCAAUCUGCCUUGGAUACUAUUUGUCCACCUCUGAAUCCAAUACUUGACUCCUUUCUCUAUGCGUCCCCUACCGCCACCUUCGAGCCAUCUGCAUCGUCGGUUGCGGUAUCGUCCUGGUACGCGAGAUCGCCGUCGUUGUUCAAGUUGAGAGACGGAGGUGGAGCCGUUUUCACCCAUGAGCUCCGAGUCGAGAGUUCGCCGUCCGCGUCGGUCGGUGUUGUUGGUAGCGGGUCGCGAGCGGAGUUCAACGAAAAUGGGGUGGUUGUGGUCGAGAAUGAGCAUGGAGAAGUGAACCGGAGACCAACGCACGGAGUUGAAGCGGCGAGGAUGGAGGUGGGAAGCUCGAACCAAGAUGCAUCGGGUCGUGGCGCCACAUGCCCACAGACUAACAUAAGCCUAAACACAACUCGUCCGGGGCAGCGUAGACUACUGCCUGCGCCACCACCUGCUCCCGAGCGAGUUUCUGUACUUGAUACACGCCCUACCGACCAGAAUACGGUCGGUGGCGGAGGAAUAGGACGAUAUGCUGGUGCGGGUGUCGGCGUUGGUGUCGGUGGUGUGGUUCACCGUGGCACGAUGAAUGGAGGCAGGCCUCAACCGAUGAGGCGAGUCGAGGCAAAUGCUGCAGCAUCGACGCACAUCCUCAGGGUGUCUGAAGCGCCCCAAAAUCCACAAAUGCUCAGCGUGCCCUGA